GGGCUGCGGAGCGGGGAACAGCAUCCUGCAAACUCAAAGAUGAAGUGCUUUCUUCUGCCAACUCAUUUAGCAUUUCUCUAUAGCUUUGCACUAAGCAAACCUGUCCAGAUAGCUACAAGAAACAAUGACCUAGGUGGUGAAAUAGCUGUGUAUGAGGGAGACAUCCUCUUGAGAAGGGGACGCCGCAGCGCAAUUAACUGCGAGAGCUGUUUAUGGCCGAAGUCACAAGACGGACUGGUCAAGGUUCCAAUUAACAUCUCUUCUGACUUCUCAGUGACAGAGAGGUCUUGGAUUGCUGAUGCCCUGCAAGAGAUCUCCACGCUGACCUGUGUGCAGUUUGUGAAUCGCACUACAGAAGCAGACUAUGUGUAUGUUGAACGUGGGCAGAGCUGCUGGUCUUACUUUGGAAAAAUUGGAGGACGUCAAGCAGUAGGCCUGGUGAAAAAUGGCUGCAUGGACAAAGGAGCAAUUCAGCAUGAAAUGAACCACGCGCUGGGCUUCAUCCAUGAGCAGGCGCGGAGCGAUCGGGAUCGGUUCGUCAAGAUCAUGUGGGAGCACAUCGUGGCAGGAGAGCAAGGGAACUUUGGAAAAGUGAACUCCAAAAACCUGGGCCUUCCCUACGACUACUCUUCAGUGAUGCACUACGGAGCGUAUGAUUUCUCCAGCACUCCAGGGAAACCAACUAUUGUACCAGUUCCUGACCCCACUAUACCCAUUGGGCAGAGAGAAGGGCUGAGUAACUUGGAUGUAGCUAAAAUCAACAAGCUCUACAAGUGCAACUGGUGUAGCUCUGUGCUGCCUAAAUCCAAAGGCUCCUUCUCCUCUGUCAAUCACCCAUCCCCAUACCCGAACAACAGCCACUGCCUGUGGCUGAUCCGCAUCCGUCGAGGCAAGAUUUUCCUGCAGUUUGAGGCUUUCGAUGUCCAACCCUCCUCAGGCUGUUCUUCUGACUAUGUAAAAGUCUACAACGGGAACAGCAAGAGCUCCCCUGUGCUGCUGGACAGACACUGCGGGACAGGGCCACUGCCCUCCUUGGUGGCAUCUGGCUCCAUGAUGCUGGUAGAGUUUGCAAGUGAUGAAAGCAUUACAGCUGCGGGAUUCAGAGCCUCCUACAACAGGGUGAAUUGUGGAGAUACUUUCACAGACUCCAGUGGAGUCAUCACCUCUCCAAACUACCCCAAUAAAUACCCCAAAAACCGAGCGUGCUUCUGGGUCAUCAGUUCUCCACCGGGGUACAAGAUCUCUCUCAAAAUGUUAUUCUUUGAGCUGGAAGGUAGUGACAGAUGCAACUAUGACUAUUUGCUCAUACACGAUGGAAGCCGACCGACCUCGCCUGCAGCUGGCCCUUACUGUGGGACAGAGAAGGUGGCAGACUUCACUUCCACUGGGAAUUUUGUGCUGGUUGAAUUUCACAGCGACAUAGUUUGGGAGUUUCCUGGAUUUGUGCUGAGUUACACGUUUGGUAGGUAGCACUGUACCAAUGGGAGUUGGAAAACACGGAGUGAAAGUAAGAGGCAGAGGUAGCCAAAGUGUAAAAGUCAAGACGCCAACCAAUUUCAGCAAAUCAAAAAGAAAUACAGCUCCCUGAUACCCUUCACAAGCUUGAAGCUUGGUCUUAUGUCUACAGUGGUGUAACUUGCAUGGUGAAUUAUGAACAAAAGUGUUCCUGCUGAUGGGAUGCCUUUGCCUGAGACUGUUAAGGUUUUUGUUGGAGUACUCCCAUUGCCAGUGUUGCGUGGCCACUACAACAGCACAACUCAAACUCUCUGAGGAGAUCUUCAAGGACAUCUUGUGACAGAAACUGUGCCCAUACAAAAUUCUGAAUGUGGCUAUGUAGCAACUUUAACUUGUGUUCUGACAAAUGCUUCUACCCAGCCUUAACAUGCAUUAAGAACCUCCAGCCAUGUUUGUUUAACCUUUGCAGCCAAGCUCACGUAAACAGUUCCUGUAGGCACCUCAGCUUAGCCUGGAAGUCACCACUUUACACUGAAGGUGCAAACUAGGAUGCUUGUAUAGCAUCUCACCUCAAAGAAUUGUACUGCUCCUCUGUGAGAUAAUCAGGGCUGGGAACAUAUUUAACUAAACAGUUAAGAAUGGCAGGAGCAGGCAGUGAGG